GAAGAAUAAGCUGCCCCCUCCCUGAACAGCUGAGGCUCCAUUUUGUUUGAUUUCUGCGGUCACUGUCGACAGCCUGCACGGAAACACUACCGGGACCACCUUAAAAGAUAGCUGUCACCUUCAAGACAUCGACAAUGAGUGGAUGUCGUAUUUUCAUCGGCCGUCUGAGCCCGUCGGCCAGGGAGAAGGAUGUGGAGCGGUUCUUCAAAGGAUACGGUCGCAUCCGAGAUAUCGACCUCAAGAGAGGCUUCGGCUUCGUGGAGUUUGACGACCCCAGAGAUGCUGAAGAUGCUGUUUAUGAGCUUGAUGGCAAAGAGUUGUGUAAUGAAAGGGUGACUAUUGAGCAUGCCCGUGUACGCCUGCGAGGCGGCCGUGGCAGAGGAGGCGGCAGUGCAGGUGGACGUUUCUCUGAUCGCUAUGGACGAGGCUCCCAGAGCAGUCGGAGCCGAAAUCCUCCUCCGAUGCGCACUGAGAACCGCCUCAUCGUGGAGAACUUGUCCUCUCGCGUCAGCUGGCAGGACCUGAAAGAUUUCAUGAGACAAGCUGGAGAGGUGACAUUUGCAGACGCACAUCGCCCCAAACUCAACGAAGGGGUUGUUGAGUUUGCCUCUAGCAGUGAUCUGAAAAACGCUUUGGAAAAACUGUCUGGAAAAGAAAUCAAUGGCAGGAAAAUCAAGCUCAUUGAGGCAGCCAGGAAGAGGUCGAGAAGUCGUUCCAGGUCUGAGAGCUCCUCUCGCUCACGGUCCCGUUCUCGUGGUCGUUCUCCAUCUCGCUCCCCCAGACGUUCCCGCAGCCCCGCUCACAAGACCCACAACCGUUCCCGAUCCCCCAGUGGGUCCCCUGGCGGCGGCGCCUCCUCCCCAACCCCUAAAUCAAAGGAACCUGCAAAGCGCUCCUCUAAAACCAGCAAGUCCGCCACCCCGCCCUCCCCGCCCCCUGCUCAGAGAGCCUCCGUCUCCCGUUCCCGCUCUCGAUCACGAUCCCGCUCUCGCUCUCCUUCCACUGACAGCCAGCGCUAAACGCUGCGUUUCAGUUCAAUGGGAAUCAACAGUAGAAACAACUUGACUCCGCAGUAGAAUCAGCCUGGAGGAGUUGGAAACCUGGAGCUCCCAUGAUCUGUCUCUGAAAGCCGAGACGAGAGCUUUCCUCCUGUAAAGUUUGCUUUUUCCUGUCUGGAUUGUCACAACUAUCCUCAAGCUUUUAAAACACCCAAUACAUCACCAGACAGGAUAUUCACUCAAGUAUUUUAUUGUCAUUUUAGAGCAUUUAAAGGAGCAGUGUGGAGGAUUUAGUGGCAUCUAGUGGCAAAGUUGCAGAUUGCAAUCAGCUCAAACGCCUUGCCCCUUCCUUUCCAAGUGUGUAAUUGAACCUACGGUGGCCUUCAGGUAAGCCUUGACUAAAUAAGCCUGCUUGAUCUCAUUUUUCAGUUUUUUUCUGUCCCAUAAAACAAAUUCCAGUAGUUUCCCAGCAUUAGUUGCCACAGUUGAAUUUGCUUAAUGGAACCGAAUCAACUGAAAAUUAGUCCAACCUGACUCCCAGGCCCCUGGGUAGGUAUUUAAAUUCUAUAUUCAAUAACAAGGCUUUUUUAUUUUUACUUUUAUUUUUUUAGUAUUGAAGCAAUUCAGUGGGCCCCAUAAAAGUAUCACUUGUCAGAACCAAGCCAUGAUUUGAGACAUUAAAGAAUACAUAAUUGUGAACAUUAUAUUCCAUUUCUGCCAAUAGAUCCUACACACUGCUCCCUAUAGUUAAAUAACUUCAACAGAAGAAGCUUCUUACACAGUGAUGCCGUUUGUCUCUUUAUUACCCAUCAAGUUUGAGCCCAUAUGUAUGUUUACACUUUGAAUUUAUACUUCUACUGCAGAACCGUUUCUUCUCACAAAAUCACCCCCAAAAAAAAAAGUGAACCAGCAUCGGGGUUUCACUGUUAUAGCGUCUGUAAAGUCGUUAAUCUCAACACUUUGAAGAGGGAAUCUGUAUUUUUUGGCAGCAUUAUGAUGCUUUUGAUAAGCCGUGUGACCACUUUCUUUACUUUUUUUUUUUGCUUGUUUUUGCUCGUCAGUGUGAGAAUUUUUAAAUCACUUUCCACAUUUCUGUACUUUUCCAAGUCUUUUCUCCUCUCCUUUUUUUUUUCGUAUUUUCUGACCCACCACAGCUGGUGUGUGCGUGUGUGUGUGUGUGUGUGUGAUAUCUAUAACUGAAGAUGCUUGCAUGUGAUUUUUUUUAUUUGAUCAAAAUUUAGGAUCUUAUUAUAUUGAACAUAUUUUUGGCGCUUAAAGGCUCAAAUACAAACCACCGUCAUAACUGGCAUUAUCAAGGACACUGUACAGUGACGCACAUUGUUCCAGCAGCUGUACAGUAAAUUAACUGUUAAUGUCACGGAUCGUACAUUUUCUUACAGUUGACUGUUUUUAUUUUGUUGGGAGUUGUAACUCUCCUUUAGGAAUAAGGUCAACGCUUUUUUUUUUUUUUUUUGCUGAAAGAAUUCUAGCAUUGUAAUUAAAGUUUUUAUUUGUAUUUUUUUGGUUUAGGGUUUUGUGUACAGCAUUGCAGACUUUUGUUUUACAUAAGUGUACAAUUGGUACUGUGACGGAUGUUACUGUGGUUUAAAUGAACAUGUAGACAAAAAAAAGCAACAUUUUUGUACGUAAGGAUUUUAUUUUCAGUGAAAAAUAUGAUGGACGUUUGUAUGGUGUAGGAAAACGGUGGACUUAAACAAUAAAAUGAUUUUAACUACAUCGUAA